AAGGAUAUGGUGCUCGCUAUCUUCGAUUUCCUCGACCCGACUCCCUCGACGUGUCUUGGUAUGACAUGCAAGGCAUUCUAUCCUAUUCAUCGCGAGAGACAUGGUGCCGUCCACCUCACCACAAAAGGUCUCUAUGACCCGAUCAAAAAGUGUCUCUGGCAGCUCUUGAGGUCAUUCUUCCCCGGCCUUGUGUUCUGUUUUGAAAUCAAGAAAUUCGUCACCCUCGAGAGAUGCGAAGAGAUACCACAUGUCUCCAGUUUUGGACUUGAAAGACUUCAAGAGAGUAUAUUCAGGAUGGUAGAGGAUCUUCCUUCCCGGUCUUCGUAGAUCUCGAGCAACUGGGACUGGUGGAAGAGAUGAAGAUGUACGAGGCGCAGGAGAACAUUAACGAUUGGGAUGCGAGUAUAUGCACGAGCUUCUCAUGGCUUGACGAUAAGAAAUCAAAUCAAAUUUGUUUCUUUCUUUGCAUUGGCUGGGAAUGGUCGAUAUGAUUUCAUGGUUUUCAUCAGUACUCGGAAUGGGUCGAGACUUCGAGGUCUGACUGGCGCAAUCAUACGAUCAUGCUAUAGUAACUUUGGCAUUCACUGAGUUUUCUACUCUUGACUAGUUAUUUUGGUGUGCAGCUAGUUCGGCAAAUGAAAGCCUUUAC